AUGGCGGAUAAUCCAAUGGAGAAAAGGUCUCGUUGUCGGUUUUUGGGAUUUGUGUUUGGUAGACGUGGCUUGUGGUCCAAGAAAUGUCCCACGGACAAUAGUAGCCAUAAAAGCACAAUGAGUAGCAACAAUGCCUCCACUGCCACAGCUACCACCGCUAACAUUCAGUUCACCAAAUCUCCAUGUACAGAAUAUAACCCGAGGAAGCUUCAAGAAAAUAAAGUUUUACCUGAGCCGACAGAGGUCCAGAACCAGGUACAAAGACCUAUGUCAAAACCCUCACCGAAUCAAUUAGGCAGCAAUGGGAAUAGCCAGCCAAGUAGUAAUCAAGGACCAGUCCAACAACAACAAGCAAGGAAGGUUCCGAGGGAAGCAAUUGGUUUAUCAGGUGAGCUAGAGAGCAUGAUCAUGGAUAAUCAGAAAGCAAAAGGGAGUAAUAUGGUUCGAGCUUCUUCAAGCAAUGUGAUGUUGUUUGGCAAUCUUGGGAACUUGAAGCAACCAGGAGCAUCCGGUGGGAAUCAAACUACCAUCCAGAACAGUGGAUACGGGAAUACUGGUGGAGGGUAUGAGGUGAGGAAGACGAUGGAAGAGGAAAGAAGAACACCGGUUGCACCAUUACCGGCUUCAAAUAAUCAAGAUCAGUCAGGAUCUUUGUGUAGAGCGAUUUCCACUCGAAUGGAUCCUGAAACGUUAAAGAUAAUGGGUAAUGAAGAUUACAAGAACGGGAAUUUUGCAGAGGCGUUAGCGUUGUAUGAGGCUGCGAUAGCCAUCGACCCGAAAAAGGCUUCUUAUCGUAGCAACAAGAGUGCGGCUCUAACUGCACUUGGGAGAAUUCUUGAGGCAGUAUUUGAGUGUAGAGAAGCGAUAAGAAUGGAGCCUCACUACCAUAGAGCACACCAUCGGUUGGCUAACUUGUACCUCAGGUUAGGUGAGGUCGAGAAGUCAAUAUAUCAUUUCAAGCAUGCGGGUCCAGAAGCUGACCAAGAAGACUUAGCAAAGGCUAAAAUGGUUCAAACACAUCUCAACAGAUGUACAGAGGCCAAAAGAUUGAGAGAUUGGAACACUUUGAUUAAAGAAACUGAAAACACCAUAGCUACAGGCGCCGAUGCAGCUCCUCAGGUAUAUGCAUUGCAAGCAGAGGCCUUUUUAAAGACUUACAGACAUCAAGAGGCCGACAAUGUUUUGUCGAGGUGCCCUGUUUUCGAUGUGGAAAUGAGCACAAAGUAUUACGGACCGAUCGGUUACGCAGGUUUCUUGGUCGUUUGGGCCCAAGUUCACAUGGCAUCUGGAAGAUUCGGAGAGGCGAUUGAGGCGAUUCAAAGAGCGGGGAAGCUGGACGGUAACAACAGGGAAGUGAGUAUGGUUCUCCGGCGUGCUCAGGCAGUUACAACAGCGCGAUCAAGAGGCAAUGAUUUCUUUAAAGCUGGAAGAUUUCAAGAAGCUUGUGCAGCUUAUGGCGAAGGAUUAGACCACGACUCAAGAAACUCAGUCUUGCUAUGUAACCGAGCGGCUUGUCUAUCCAAAAUGGGGCAAUUCGAUCGAGCCAUUGAGGACUCCACGGCAGCACUCACGGUCCGUCCUGGCUACACCAAGGCUAGACUCAGAAGAGCCGAUUGUAACGCUAAGCUUGGGAAUUGGGAAUCAGCGAUUGGGGAUUACGAGUUACUGAAAAAAGAGACACCAGAAGAUGAGGAAGUGACAAGAGGAUUGUCUGAGGCUCAGAAACAGCUCGUGAAACGCCGUGGCCAUAACUCUUGAAAUCUCCCAG